AUGGCCUCGACGCAGCACGUCAACCUCUCGCCCGCCGAGCUGGCCUACCUCCACGCCUCGCUCUCGCUGACCCCGCCCCUGCGACCGGACGGACGAUCAGCAACGCAGUUCCGCCCCCUCAGCGCCGAGACGGGCAUCCUCCCCAGCACGAAUGGCAGCGCCCGCAUAUGCUUCGCCGACGGGACCGAGGCCAUCGUCGGCGUCAAGGCAGAGAUCGGCAAGACCCAGGCGCGGUAUGGCGCCGGCAACACGCUGCUGGAGACAGACCUCAUCCACGCCGGCGGGGACGACGACGACACCGACGGCGAGGGCGGCGCGGGCAGGGCCAACAUCGAGGGCCAGAGCAGCUGGAUCGAGAUCGCCGUGGAGAUACCGGGUGCCAGGGACGACGACGCGAGCACAAUCUACUUGGCCGAGAUGUUGAGCGAGGCGCUGCUGGCAGAUGGACAAUUCGCCAGGAGGCUGUAUCUCAACAGGCGCUUCCAUUGGAAGCUCUACCUUGAUAUCCUUCUGAUAUCGCCGCCUCUAUCCUACCCCCUGCCCCUCCUCUCCCUCACAACCCAUCUCGCACUGCUGGCAACCCGAUUACCUCGCCUGAUAUCCGAAGGCGACGAGGACCCGCUAUUCGACGACGACUGGGAUUCGUCAAACUACCUGUAUCCCCACGACAAAGGAGCCUCUGGCGCACGGCCGCCGGUCACGCUGCUCGUAAUGGCAGUCGGCGACAAUAUCAUUUUCGACCCCGCGAAGGAGGAGCUUGCCGUCGCCGACUGCGCGCUGGCAAUCUCAGUAGCACAUGCAGCCACGCCCAGCGGCGCGGAGGACAAGAUGGACGUCGACGGUUCCGAUAAGCGCAGCCUACGGUUGUUGUCGAUACGCACGAUAGACCCCCCUUCACGGUUGACGCCGCCAGGUGUCCCGAGGGCGAACGAUGUUGCUGCUGAAGGCGCCGACGGCACGGCGAAACCGCGGGCCGAGCAGCAGACCCAGGAGACGGAGCCGAUGGACGGCGUCUGGAAGGCGCCGAGGGGAGGGGCGAAAUGGGGAGUUCUGGGCGCCAUGAUUGCGAAAUCAUUAGAGCAGGGAGGCGUGGCGGCCGAGGUGCUCGACGGGCUGAAGGCUGUAGAGCUGGGAUGA